AUGGGCAAGAAUCGGAAACCUGCCGUGAAGCAGAGCAACAAGAGGAUGAAAUCAUUUGCAAAGUUAUCAACGUCAGCGAAAAAGACCCAAAAUGCCAAACAGCAGCAACAAAAGCAAAAUCAACCGCAAAUCCCUUUCAGACCUUCAGAUAGGGUCCUCUUAAUUGGUGAAGGGGACUUCUCAUUUGCACUAUCUCUUGCAACUCACCAUAAAUGCCGAAAAAGGCUGAUGGCAACUUGCUAUGACAGUGAAGAAAAGUUAAUUGAAAAAUAUCCAGAUGCCAAAAGGCAUAUCGGGCGGCUCGAAGCCUUUUCUUCCGGCUCACGGGAGGCUAAAACCAGUUUGAAGCGUAAGAGAGACGAAGAAGCUGAUUCUCAAGGAUUAGAUGAAGAGACGGACCAAAAGCCGCAAGAUCAUGUUAAGAUCGAUUCGGUAGAAAAUGGCUCUGCACAGGCAACGAAAUCAUCCAUAUCCUCUCCCAAGGUUGUCUUUUCGAUUGAUGCUCGAAAGCUAGGUGCCAAUGGCGGAGGAGGGAAGUUGGUACGGAGUGGCUUUCCGACUCCAAGUCGGAAGGCACAUUACUCGAACUGGUCUAAGCAAGGUGACAAUAACCAUGCAAGCGAGGCAGGAGGGCCAUGGGAUAUUAUCUCUUUCAAUUUCCCACAUGUUGGUGGGCUAAGUACGGACGUGAAUAGACAAGUACGAUCAAACCAGGAGCUACUAGUUGGGUUCUUCAAAGCAUGCGUGCCUCUUCUUUCAGUCCCUAAUUCAACGGAGGAUUGGUCUGAUUUUGAAGACGAGGGUGAAUAUCCAGAUGAAGAAGAGAAUGAUCAGACUUCUGAUGCUGAUGAGGUGCAAUACAAGCCUAGAAAGGAACCGGGCCAUAUCAUCGUGACUCUUUUUGAGGGUGAACCAUAUACACUAUGGAAUAUCAGAGAUCUCGCCCGACACGCGGGCCUACAAGUUGUAACUAGCUUCAAAUUCCCUUGGGCAAGCUAUCCUGGUUACGCCCAUGCGCGGACAAUAGGAGCUAUCGAAGGAAAAGAUGGUGGAAGAGGUGGGUGGAAAGGAGAAGAAAGAGAGGCGAGAAGUUAUGUUUUCGAAAGAAAAGGGUUUGAGAAUCGGAAUACUAGCUUUGCAAAACGCAAGAGAAAGGCGAAGGGGUUUGAAAGCGAGAGUGACUGA